GUUCUUCUCCUACGGGCCCUCCGGAGCUGGCUUCGGAGGAAGCUCUUGUCGAUUUACAGUACGGGGCAGGCAACCCGAAGCGUUCACGAGUAGGUAGGUAUAUAGAUAGGUAGAUGUUGGAUACUCCCCAAGUCCUGCCGGGUUCCUGGCUCAUCGUCAACGACCACCCUCUUGUCUGCCCAACUCAGACGUUCAUUUCUUACCAUGCUGCAGCAACUUGCCGUCCUCGCCUCAGCGCUGGGCCUCUGCCAUGCGACUACGCAGAUCGUCACCGGAGCCUCUCUCUUUGUCGGAGACUCGUCGCCUAUUGUGAACACUUCGUACGCCCGGUUCCAAGGCAAGAACGACGAUAGGACGGGCACCUCCAACUAUCUAGGCAUUCCCUAUGCCACAGCCGCGCGAUUCAGCCAUUCAGUCCUGGCCGAGACUGCCGUGUCCGGCGUGCAGAAUGUCUCAGCCUACGGCGUCGUCUGCCCACAGCAUGAGCUCCCGUCGUCCAUCGACCCGUCCGUGCUGCCGCUGGGAAGCCUGUCUGGCGUGCUUGUCGCAGCGCUGUCGCAGUCCACUCUCGAGCAGGGAGAGGACUGCCUCUCGGUCAACAUCCACGUGCCGCAGAACACCAGCAGCACCGCCGGCCUGCCCGUGCUGGUGUGGAUCCACGGUGGCGGUUUUGAGGCCGGCGCGGGCGGCUCGCUGCUGGAGACCGGCGUUGAAAGCCCGGGCGUCGUCUACGAGGCCGCCAACAUCGUCGAGCGCAGCGUAGCCAUGGGCCAGCCCAUCGUCGUUGUCUCAAUUAACUAUCGGUUGAACCACUUCGGCUUCAGCGCCUCCAAGGAGCUGGCCGACGCCGGGCUGCUGAACCUGGGCUUUGGCGAUCAGCGCAACGCACUGCGUUGGGUCAAGAAGCAUAUCGGGCCGUUCGGCGGCGACGCUGACAAGGUGACAAUCUGGGGCGAGAGCGCCGGCAGCUGGUCGGUGGCCGCGCAUCUCGUCGCCAACGGUGGCGACCACGAGGGCCUCUUCAGGGCGGCCAUCGGCAGCUCAGGCGGACCGCUAAAGGUUGAAGGUCCUGCGAGGCAGCAGGCCACCUUCGAUUCCCUUGUCAGCUACGUCGGCUGUAACGACGCCGCGGACGUCAUCGCCUGCCUGCGAGAGGCUGCGUACGAUGACAUCUACACGCACAUGCAGACGGUGCCGUAUUUCCUUGGCUACAACAGCCUGGCCUCGUCGUGGACCAUUCGCCCUGAUGGCGACGUUUUCACCGAUAGCCCCGACAAACUUGUCGCUUCCGGGGCCAUCGCCGAUGUUCCUCUUCUUUGGGGCGACAUGCGGGACGAGGGCACACUCUUCUCCUUGGUCAAUGCUGCAAACACCACCACCGACGACGAGGUGCUGGACUACUUCCUGACCAACUGGUGGCCCAACGCUACCGAGGCCCAGCUCGAGAAGCUCCUGACACUGUACCCGGCCAACCAGACGGUCGGCUCGCCGUUCGGCACGGGCGACAGCAACGCGCUGUACCCUCAAUUCAAGCGCAUCUCGGCCAUCACCGGCGACUACAGCUUCGAGAGCCAGCGGCGGCAGCUGCUGGCGGCCGCGCCGGGCAGCAAGUGGAACUACCUGGCCGAACAGGCGCUGCCCGCGGCGGUGCUGGACGGCACAGCGACGCUGGGAGAGGUCACGGCGGCCGACUACGCCGAUGUCGGCACGCUGGAGGCGGUGCCGUUCCUGGGGAGCUUCCAUGCGAGCGAUGUGGUACUCAACUUCUUCGGCGCGCUGCCAUCCAACAACUCGCGGCGGAUGAUGGGCGCGCUGAUUGCCUUCGUCAGCCGCCUCGAUCCCAACGCGCACGAUAUGGACGGCGUGCCCGCCUGGCCACAGUACGACUCGGUCAGCCGGUCGACGAUGCUGUGGCAUGAGAGCGGUGCCGAGAUCGUGGCUGAUGAUUAUCGCGAGGAGGCCAUCGCGUACCUGAACGAAAUCGGGGAUUCCUUGCGUAUCUAGUCCCAAUGAUGGACAUUGACGAAUCUGAACAAAUGUGCCACAUGCACAGCAAAUAAAACGCAUGACUAUGCCAAAGACCUCGGAUAAUCGAGGGUGCUUUCUUUCACCUGCAAUCCGUGCAAGCCUGAGCAGCGCUCUCCGCACACGCCUCUUACAUUGAUUUGUAUUUGAAGAAACUGUGUAAAACAGUCCUGAUCACACUGCUGCCAGCUAUAGCGUUCAAAUACCGAUUUGCAACGGGGCUAUUAGAGAGCCUUUGGGAAAAAAGAUCGCGAGUCAAUCCCUCGGAAAAACCACCUUAUGUUGACUUACACUUCCACAACGACGCAUAUCUGUCUUAUA